GUUUAGUUUUUGUUAUCUAUAGCUGAAGGGGAUUUUUUUAUCUCUUGAUUGGACAAGUGGUAAAACACGUAUGUUUUCCAAGGCAGGAAAGAAGCGCGCUCGCGAUGGCGCACUUCGGCGAUCAACCGCCUCGAUAGAGGCUGGUCCUAGUCCCAAAGAAGUGCAGUUGACUGACCAAGAAAUCAUUGUUUCGAAUGCUGUUUCUCAAAAUUCUUCUGCUUGUUAUUGUGAUCCCAUCUAUCGCAUCAUGCACGCUUUUCCGCGCUCAGACAUUUUAGAGGUGAUAAAAUGCAAGUUCGGUCGGGAACAAUGUAAGCGUGCGGCAGCCUACUUCAAGGAGUCGUACAUGCGGAACCCACUACGUCGUUUGAGGCUACAAAUUGGUUGUGAUGGACCAACAGGACUAAACCUUUUUUUCCCGAUGAUAUCAUCUCACCGCUACACAUUGCGCACCUUGGAUCUCUCCAGAAAUAAAUUAACUUAUGCUGACAUAGUUCUCUUAUGCGAAUCACUUGGCCUCUUAGCGAUACCGUCGUCUCUUCCACAAUCACUUUCAUCGGUUCCUAAUUUUCAGUCCUCGUCUGAAAGUCCAGAUGUAGGUGCAUGCGGUGAAGGGGAACCAAUGGGAAGUACGAACACCUCAGCUCUGGAGCUUAUAAAUUUUAGUUAUAAUAUCAAUAUAGGGAACAAUGGGGUCCUCUACUUGAUGCAAUGCCUUUCACAAAAUUCAACUAUACGCGCUGUCCAACUUAAGCAUGUUGGCAUUGAUGAUACCGGAGCCUGUUCGCUGGCUCCCCUUUUACGGGCUCGGCCACCUCCGAAAGGUUUUUAUUCUCACACUACAUCACCUGUCACACCUCAAUGCAGUACAACGUUGGGCUUCGACCCGUCUCGCAUCCCUGGCUUCUUUUUAGACCUCAAUGAGAAUUGCAUCGGAGCGGUGGGCACAUGCCAGCUGCGGCAUAGGCUCCCAAGUUACGUUUCACUAUCACUAUGCAAGCAGCGUAUUAGAUCUGUUGGAUAAUUCAUAACCUUCUCUCUCUCAUGCAUGCUUAUAUUUGCUCUCUCUGGCGUUCACGGCAUUUCCACGUAUUUUUUCAUUUUAUAUUACACAACAGUUGAAUCUUCAGAUGAGCAGACUA